ACUUUGAGUCAGUUAUGCACCAGACGAGUAAAAGAAGUGAUGUCGUUUUCCGCGAUAUUCUUAGUUCUGUUCGCAUCAGUUCUCUGUCAGAGUGAGAUGAGUGUUCUGGAUGAAGGCUGCACACCAAAAAUGAGCUUUAAAAUUGCCGGGGGAGUCCCAGCUUCGAGAAGUGAGAGUCCCUGGAUGACAGCCAUAUACAACAGACUUAAAAUAUUUCUUUGCGGUGGAACGCUUAUUACCAAAAACUACGUCCUAACAGCUGCACACUGCAUAAUCGAUCAGACUGCCCUAUAUGUGCGAUUGGGGGUGAAGGAUACAUUUUGUUUCAAAGGGCAAUGCUUAGACAGUAAUUGGAAUGAUGUGGUCAAAGCCACAAUCCAUUAUGACUUCGAUCCCACUACAAUGUUAAACGAUAUAGGUGUGCUAAUACUGAAGAAAGAAGUGAAAUUCAAUGCCCGUAUUUGGCCUAUUUGCAUCAUGUUAGAUGAUAAAAUCAAUUCAUCAGGAUUCAUGACAUACUCGGCAUUCGGAUGGGGUAGUACCCAUCCAAAUAACACAGAAUCAAGCCCAAUAUUAAACUCAAUUACCCUGGAACGCAAAAAUACAUGGCACUGCUUAGAAAUGGACGAGGUAUGGGAAUUUUCUGACAAACUGAUCUGCGCUGGAAAUAUAAAGGGUGACACCUGUAAGGGCGACUCCGGUGGUCCUCUGGUGGUGUAUGGUAAAUAUUUUGGAAAACAAGUGGCAGUGCAAGCGGGGAUCGUGAGCUACGGAUCACCGAGUUGCAACAAAAAUGGCGCCUACACCGAUGUCAUGGCCUACAAAGACUGGAUACGAGCGAAAACCCAGCCAACGACGCAUAUUCAAGAACUUUUGUAUAAGGAGUGCGGCAGCAGUUGGACUGGAGGAAUAGAUGUGCUCCAUUUUGAAGUUUUCGUAAUGAAUCGUAAUUUUACUGGCUCAUUGAUAACAGACCGAUUUGUCAUUACUGUUGCAAGCGCUUUUCUCAAUCAUCCCAAGGUUAUAAAAGUAAGGUCAAUAUAUUUUAGGAGCUUCAACGUUGAAGCGGUUUUCAAGCACCCCCAAUUCGGACUAUCUUCACUCGAGAAUAACAUAGCUUUGCUUAAACUAGCUGAGCGUGUACCAAUUUCAAAUUUCAUAAGUACGAUCUGCUUGGACCUAAAUAUGAAUUCCAGAAAGUCGCUGACUGCCAUUCUCUACAGUAACCAAGAACGCGUUCUUGGUGCCCAAAAAGUACUUUUUGAUAAAAUUAGCAGUAUUGAAUGCUCCGAAAUGAUACAAGAGCCACUACAGCCUUCUCAAUUCUGUGUGAAGAAACCAUGCUGCGGUUUUAAAUUCCACUUACCUGGCUCUGUACUCGGCACUUAUGAAACUAUCAACAAUGACAAAAAAUUCCUACUUCUCGGUAUGAUAAACUUUAUCAAGAAUGAUGUGAUCGUUGUAACAGAUGUUACGAGUUACAAUAAUUGGAUCCGAACAACUGUUUUAUAAUAAUAAAUAAAUACGAAGACCAACCCACUAGAAGCACUUCCUCAACUUACACCACCAAACAUAUUAAUAAUUCACAUAUUUACAUUUAUCCCAGCAACACCACAGAUAUACAUGUAAAGAUGCAAAGGCAAUUAAAACAAAAUAUAAAU